GGUAUGACUACUUCCUUGACAACCUAGCGAGCCCUGGCAACCACCGGAGAACGGGCGGAAUAUGGCGAAGAAAAUAAGUGACAAAAAAUCUCUUUGGCAACAAAUAUGUGACGAGUAUGAAGCUGAGCAGCCCAGUCCUCCCAGUGCUGUGAGGGCGGACGUUGACCCUCUCCUGAGCCACCCUGCUCUCGCUGGCAAUGUUGUGUUGGGAAAGCCUCGUCCUUCCAGUCAGAGGCGCCCAUCAACACCUGAAACUGCACCCCCUCCUCAGCUUCAUGAACGUCCUGUCAUAUGUUUUUUGGAGAGGAGAGUGUUUCCAGCGUUGUUGCCAGGACUGGAGGCUCUACUGAAAGAAGCACAGAAACAUGGCUGUUUCGAGAGGAAGAAAACAGCAUUUAACCCUUGUGACUUCCUGUCGGAGUGGCUCUACAACCAUAACCCCUGCAGGCAAGAACAGGUCCCAGUGAACUUCCAUGACAUCCCUUUUGUCAAGGACUGGCUCAGCAUGCAUCCUAGGCCUCCCAUCCCUCUGUUUCUGCAGCUGAGCGAGGAUCAGGCUGCCCUGCUCAUCCAGGCUUUCUGGAGAGGAUACAAGAUCAGGGCACGCCCAGAUGUGCAGGAGCUGCGCCAGUGGCAGAAAGAACUGAGAGAGAACCGUGACAUUGCCAAAACUGUCGAGCACUUCUGGGUCCAACACGAGAGCCGAGUGGGCUCUGCCAUGACGGAUCUUCCAGGAAGCCCGCAGCCUGGCGACUCAGAUGUGUCCAUCCAGGUGGUUCCCCCAGCCCCCAGAGCACUGUGGUCCACACCCCCACACCCCAGAUGACCCCUGAGGGCGCUGAGUUGCUGACCCCCAGCCUGUGCAGCAUGAAGAAAAUGUCCUCCACACCAUCAGCAACUGAUGUACUCGCUGCAUCUGUACAUGGUCCCAAAUCCCUGACUGCAGCGUCUCCUUCUUUACUCUG